AUGCCAUGGCCUUUAAGGCGUUGUCCCAAGGUUUUCUGUUUGGCCUUUCUUCUGCGACCGACUCGCCUCCUGGGGCUUUCUGAUGAGCUUGCAUUGGGAGUUGUAGGUGGCUGGACAGCCUACAGUGAGCCGGAGGAGAUGGUCGCCGUCAUUGCAGCCUUCUUGGAUUACCAAAAGAAUUUCGAUGCAGCUUUGCAGGUCAGGUUUGGCCCGCCAAUCAUAGAGAUCCCUGGAGGCGUCCAUGAAAAUGCCUCCAUCGAGCUGCGCAUCGGAACCACGCAUUUGCAACCGGAUGUCGGGCUUGCCUCGGCGCUAGACAUAAUGUUAGGUCUCGAUGGAGCACUACCGGUGGUUGGGCUGGUGGGGGCGCAGCUCUCCUCCGUUAGCAUGCCCAUCGCUACGCUGGCAGGCGUGAGGGGAGUCCCUCAGGUGUCCAUGUCCUCCACGAACCAGCUCUUGUCCAACAAGGACUCCUUCCCUUACUUCUUGCGCACCAUCCCACCGGAUAGUAUCCAGGCUGCUGCUUUGUGGACAUGGGUCUUACACUUCGACAUUGCUCUGGCGACCUGCCUCUAUUCCGCAGAAGUCUACGGACAAGGUGGGAGCUAA